UUGAAUUUGAUUAUAAUGCAAAAGUUAACACGCUGUCACGGAGGCACCAUCACUGUCAUGUUGCCAAAUCUGGAAUUUAUGCACUUUUCAUAACCAUUUACCAGCCGCAAGAUUUCCCUGUAUUUCAGCAAGAAAACAAUGAGGCAGUGUCACAAGAGGGAAAUGCCAGAUCUGUAGAGAAGAUUAAGAAGCGUGUGAAGACACCUUAUUCUUUGAAAAGGUGGCGUCCUUCCACAUGGGUCAUCUCCACUGAAACACUGGAUGGAGAGGUGAACAACAAUGGGCACAGCCAGCAGACAGCAAUAGCAGCAGCUGGAGGAGGUCAUGCAAGUUCUGGAAAAUCAAAAUCCAGUGUCGCUGAGUUUCUGGUCAGUGGAGGAAUGGCGACUCUCACUAUAACCUCUGACUAGAGCCACCAACAUUCUACCAGCCAAAUACGGCAAAUUCCAGCUCUAAAUAUGGGAUUUCUUUUCUCACUGGGGCUCCUGUGCAAGAUGCUGUGCAGCAGUUAAAGAGCUUCAUCUAGAGCUUGUUUACAUCGGAAAACAAUUGAAAAACAGUGCAGACGAUAUGAAUGGCCCCUAAUUCACAUCAAAUGAAAACUUUAAUACAAUGACCAGGAAGAACAAAAUUUUUGUCAACCUUCACUUUUAAUAAAAAUGAAUUUUUGCUAGAAGAAAGAAGCUGCAAUCAAUGGAGACAGCUGUGUUCUUCCCUAUAAUUAAGCUUACGCAUGUUCCGUUUUCAAAGCUCAUACCAGAUUUCUGUUUAAAACUGGGGACCACAGUUUUUAGACAGUAUAUGAAUAAUUUGUUAAAAUAUUAGGCCUAUGUAUAACCGAACAUUUGGCCUUCCAGGCCAGUCUUAGUACAAGUCUUAGUACUGUUUUAAACAACCAUGCAUUAUAAUGGAUUUUUUAUGGCUUAAUAUAAAAAUACUGAACUUCUCCUUGGAUUACAGAUUUUUUUGGCAGUAAAUAGUGUUUAUCACAGGGUAAAUGUAAGAAAAUGACAUUAAGCGUUUUAACUAAACCUGUUCUGUACUGUAAUUUUGUACUAAAAGUGUUUGUCUCACAAUAAUUUAAUUGAGUCUCCCUUCCAGAAUGACCUCUGACAUAUGAAAUGUAAUAUCAUGUCAUGGUCAUUUAUCUUUCCCCUGACCACUUCUGUCAAGUGUGGCAUCCAUGUAACGUUUAACAGCCAUUCCCUUUCAGAAAGGAAACUUCAAUGCUGCAUCAGAAGCUGACACUGUAGGAGUACCCCUCAUGGGGCGGUGGCCUUGAAACCCCAUACCAUCACGCAAAUUUGAUUGGCUGGUGAAACUUGCCGCUUUGGCCAUAUUCUGUCAUCAUAGUAAGCAUAUAAGCCAGAGCCCAGCUACACACCAUUAGAAUUUUCCUCUUUCAGGGCUGCAUAGACAUCUCUCGUACCCUAAAUCAAUGCUUCACUGUUUGUCUUGCAUCCGGUCAGCGGGAACGAGUUUUACUCUUCUCCCUUUGUACGCCAGCAAACAGGCACCUCUUGAAUACUCUUCCAGGUUUGUAUUGUGUUUAAAGAGGUAAAUGUUUAACAAGUGUUUUCCAUCUGUGAGUGAUACAUCCCUCUGGCUGACGUGCUUGAGCGCUGUUCUCUAACAGUGCUCAUUGAGACUGAUUGCUUUCAAUGUGAGCAUAUGAAACUCAUGAAGCUUGGCUCUAGCGGCUCACUUUUGAUUUGAAAGCUAAAGCCUCUUCCAGGUUGCUCCUCUGCAGCUCCCAAGGGACCAUAUGAGUAAGACACGAGAGGAUGGGAAGUAGAGCGGCCUCUGAGAUUGAGUUGCUUGAAGUUCUCACCUGAGCCCUCAAAAAAGGUUCAGCUGCAUAUAGAGCAUUUUGGUGCCCUGUCAGUAAGUGUCCUUCCUAUGAAUGAAACUUGACUCAUUUGCAAGUCAACAUAAAUUACCAACUAACGUGUUCAGUCCAUUCUCCUAUGGUUGACAAUGUUCAAGCUGGAGAGAACCCUGCCACUGAAAAAAGCUGAAAGGCGUUUACCGUGUCGGCGCACCUUUGAGCUUCGCCGCUGGUACUGCCCUUUCCAGAGUUGCAUAUUUUGACUUAACGUUCUCUUCAUUCAGUGAGAGUAUCUGGAAUCUGGUGCAGCUGCCUUUGCGAUGCUUAUGAAAAGUGUCAUGCCACAAAUUGGCACUCCGGUCACCAAGAUCUCUGCCCAAGAAAUUGGCAGGUCUAUGGGCAGCCUGGUAUCAGUGGAAUUACACUUCUGGCUAAAAUUGUCAGAUAUUUACUACUCGCUUUCUCCACCAUUGUGAGCCAGGAAAGCGAGUGUGACAUCUCCCCAGUAACACAGGUCGUUUACCCCUGUUUUUACUGUUAUUGUUACCUAAGCAGCCCUUUUGGUUUCCCCGCUGUUGUAAGCUGGAAAUCAGUCUGUGGCAUGACACAAGUCAUUUCAAUGCCUGCUUUUACUGUUUCAAUGCCAUGCCAGAGAACUGGCAUCUCACAACACAAACUUAAAUCCUUGUCACAUAGCAUGUAUGCUGAAUAGACCCUGUGAAGCAGUUUCCGCCUCACCUCAAUAAUGUUCUGUCCUCUCCUGUACAGUGUGAAACUGAACGAUUUUAUGCUCAGAGGUACAAUACCUCCUCUUCAAAGAUGCGAUAGAGGAAGUACCAGAAUGCGAGGCACAGAACGGCUUCUACAGCCAUUAUUUUCUUAUUGCGAAGUAGGACGGUGGGUUGUGGCCCAUACUAGACUUGAGGUUCUUGAAUUGGACACUUAGAGUAUAAGUCUCCAUUCAAUGUAAUUAAUAAAAGACAGAUUUUGUCUCAUGUCCAUUCACUGGACCGGUUUGUAUCAAGUGAUCUGCAGACUCAUAUGUGCAGAUAUCCCCUUGCAGCAGAUGUACGAAAUGUGUUGAUGCAGUCACUCCGAUGAGACUGAACAGUGUCCGUAUUACCUCAGUGAUUGGCUGCUGGUAGCUCAACUGAUGGUACAAGCCUGUUUCCUCUUGUCACUUCCAGGUGUUUAUACAGAGAAGGUGAGUCCGGAUUGGUUCCUGAAGGGUGUUGUCACAUUAACUAAUGAUGAUUGAAGUGAUAAAUAACCAAUCACAAAACCUAAGAAUCAUGAAAGUAAAGAACAAAUGAAAAGAUGAAAGAAAACAAGCGAAAUACGCUGCAGAAUGUAACACCCACACCCUUAAAAACAAACAUCUAUACAUAAUAUAGUGUUUGACAAAAGAACCAAAUUAUUGACAAAAAAUGAACUCACCUCAUCAAACCCGGGACAAAGCGUCUGCAACUAUAUUAUCCAUACCUUUUUUGUACUUUAUCUCAAGGUUAUAAUUUUGAAUGAUGAGGGACCAUCUCAUCAACCUCUCGUUCUGGUUGUACAUGCGCAGAAAGAAAGUCAGUGGAUUAUGGUCUGUAUAAACCAUUAGAGGAUGAAUUGUGGAACCAACAUACACAUCAAAAUGUUGAAGUGCCAACAGUAACGCUAGGGCUUCUUUCUCGAUAGUAGAAUAAUUACGCUGAUAUUUAUUAAACUUCUUCGAGAAUAACAAACAGGAUGAUCAAUCCCAUCUAUCCCCUCCUGCAAAAGAACAGCACCUGCUCCUACAUUGCUAGCAUCUACUUCCAGCUUAAAUGGUAUGGAAAAAUCUGGGGUAGACAACAUGGAAGCACGCAUAACAGGGUUUUAAUAUCGUCAAAAGUAUUUUGACAUUCAAGUGACCAUACAAACGGCUCUGAAGGACUAAGUAAAGUAGUCAAUGGAGUGGCGACAGAAGAAAAAUUCCGGCAAAAACACAGAUAGUAACCGCCCAUGCCUAAAAACCUACGUAGCUCACAUCUGGCAGUUGGCACGGGAAAUUCACUAAUAGCCAAAAUGUUUGCUGUCAAAGGAUGCACUUGACACAUGUUUUCCUAAAUAGGUCACAGUUGCUUUCCCGAUCUCACACUUAGCAAGGUUUAGUGUCAGAGAUGCCUUCUCUAGAUGCUUAAACACAAUUUCUAGCAACGAUACAUGCUCCGACCAACUUUGUGAAUAGACUAUUAGAUCAUCAAGGUAAGCAUUGCAAUUUGGAACAUCAACAAGCACUAAAUUGACCAGUCUUUGAAAUGUUGCAGUGGCGUUUCGCAAACCAAACGCCAUAACAUUAUAUUGUAGGAAGCAAUCUGGUGUCACGAAAGCAGAAAUUUCCGAUGGCCUGGGGGUCAAAGGAACUUGCCAAUACCCUUUAAGCAAGUCGAGCUUACUGACAAACUUCGCUGACCCUACACCAUGAAUGCAGUCUUCCAUUCUUGGUAAUGGAAAGCAGUCUGGUAUUGUAACAGUGUUCACGCGUCGAUAAUCUGUACAGAAAUGUUUAGUGCCAUCUGGUUUCUGUACUCAAAGGCAUGGAGAACUCCAGGGACUAAUACUAGGACUAACUAAUCCUCUCUCCAACAAGUACUGUGUUUCCUCUUUCAUCAUAGCUCUCUUAAACGCAUGAAUCCUAUAAGGGUAUUGUUUAAUUGGCUGUGCAUUACUUACAUUAAUAUCUUGAUGCAGCACAUUCGUUUGUGUGGGAACAUCACCUAAAAUAGUAGAAAAAUUGUUAAGAAGCUCAACAAUAUCCUGCCUUUGAUCAGCAUUAAGAUGAACCAAAAAGAUUAGGCAAGUCUGCAAGUGUUUCCGAAUUCAAUAACCUAGCGGAUAAUAAUGGAAUGUUGGGCCCCAAUAUACCAUCCAGGUCAGCAUCAUGCUGCACAGCAUCUGGACGCAUCUCACACACAACGGCUACUGGAAAGACAACAGAACCUUCAUUUUUCAUAGUAAGGGAUUCUGUAUCAGAGCUACCUCUAGUAUGAUAAGUUUCAGCAUAUUAACAUGGCAUACUCGUUUCUGACGUUUUCUGUCAGGGGUACUCACCACAUAAUCUGUCUCACUCUUUUUCUCUAGGAUCCCCAUAAGGUCCAGAAAAUCGUGCAGAUAAUGCAGAUCCAGGAAUGGGAAGCAAGACCAACACUUGGUCACCAACUGCAAAAGAUCUGCCUACAGCAUUUUUAGCAUAACACUCUUUCAUCCUCUUCUGAACAUUAGACAAAGAUUCACGAGCUAGAAUGCAAGCUUUAUAAUUUUCAGUGGUCCCCAAGACCAACUCCGACGGACUAAACUUGAGGGAUUCCCGCACAGUUUCUCGAACUGAGAAUAAAACCAAUGGAACCCCUUCAUCCCACUCUCUUCCUGUCUCAAUGCAAUAUAUCCUCAACAUUGCUUUUAGUGUCUGGUGGAACACUGGAUAUACGGGAUGUGAUAUUUAGUGACUUGAAAACCUGUGAGCACAAUUUAGAUAAAAAAUUAGUUCCCUGAUCGGUUUGUAUGACCUUUGGUAAACCAAAAGUCAUAACAACCACUUUGGCUGUAAUUUUGCGCAGUGGAAUAGCCUUUGGAUACCUGGUAGUAGUGCACAUGAUCAUGAGCAAAAAUUGGUGUAAAGGCCCCACACAAUCCACUAUCACAUGUUCAAAAGGUUCACCAAACACAGGAAUUGGGAUUAAAGGAGCUGUUGGAAUAACCUGGUUAGGUUUUCCCACAUACUGACAAAUGUGUCAAGCCUUACAAUACUGUAUCAUAUCGUGCUUAAAACCAUACCAAAAAAAAAUGUUGAAGGACGCAGUUAUAGGUCUUUGAUAUUCCCAAAUGUCCCGACAACAGGUGAUCAUGCGCGAAUGACAAAACCUGCUGCAGAAAGACAGUGGGAACCACUACUUGAUAAACUAUGUCCCACUCAUUCUCUGUAGUACUACUUAAGUAAGGAGUAAACCAUCUUUAACCAAGAACGAAACAUUGUUAAAUUUGCUGCUCUCCGCCAGUUUGAAACAUUUUGCUAGCGAGGAAUCAUUUUUUUGAGCUUCGAUGAGUUUUUCACAAGUUACAGUUAACGUCAAAGGGUCACUCACUACAACUUCCCUCAGAUGGCUGUUGUCACAAGACUUGGUUUCCACAACCUCCUCAGUUUCUCCUUCUGUACAUAAGAAAGAGUCAGAUAAAGAUAUAUCAUUCCCUUUCUUAGAUUGGACACAUGUAACAGCACACGCAGAAUAUGCACUCAGGUAUUUCUGAAACAACUCAUCUGUCUUAGGUUGGGUCGGCAGAGUGUCUAAUAUUUCCAACAAAGGUAAUACCUUUCCCCCGGCUAAAUCAUUGCCUAGGAUGAAAGAUACUCCCUUCAUCGGCAAUAACGGAUAUACUCCUACCUCCACAAAGUCUGUCACCAACUCUGAUUGGAGAUGAAUACCAUGUAUGUGAACCUUCAUUACCUCCAUACUACAACUUCCCUCAGCUAGCUGUUGUCACAAGACUUGGUUUCCACAACCUCCUCAGUUUCUCCAUCUGUACAUAAGAAAGAGUCAGAUAAAGAUAUAUCAUUCCCUUUCUUAGAUUGGACACGUGUAACAGCACAUGCAGGAAAUGCACUCGGAUACUUCUGAAACAACUCAUCUGUCUUAGGUUGGGUCAGCAGAGUGUCUAAUACUUCCAACAAUGGUAAUACCUUUCCCCCGGCUAAAUCAUUGCCUAGGAUGAAAGAUACUCCCUUCACCGGCAAUAACGGACGUACUCCUACUUCCACAAAGUCUGUCACCAACUCCGAUUGGAGAUGAAUACGAUGUAUGUCAACCUUCAUAACCUCUAUGCUAUUGUCUUCUAAGAACUGGUCCAGCUAAUGAUGCGAAGAAAUAUUUUUUUUGUUUGUUUUUUGGGAAAAGUAGGCUUUUGAAGGUUUUCAAAAGCCUCCUUUAAGACAGGAUUGACUGCAUCUCUAAUACCUUUUAGUCCAUAUUACAUUUAUAUGUUUUGUAUUUGUUGUAUGUAUUUGUGGACUCACUGUUUUUUGUAUCAUUUUGAAAUGUGCAAUUGACUUUAGCUUUGAGGUGCUCCACAAGAUUUUUUGCAGCAUUUGUUUAUUUUUUUCCUUUAGAUUAUAUUCUAAAGAGCUGCACUCAGCAGUAGCAACUCUAUGUCCAAUUAGCCACCCCGACUGUGUUUGAAGAAAAUGUAACGGAUGACGAACCUAUACCUUUUCAACAAUGCCAUGAGAAUUUUGUUCUUUUUAUUGUUUAUUUGUUUGACCAAUAUUAAUUUACACAUGAAUAACCCCGUAAAUUCGCUCAUGGACCACCACUGCCAAAAGCAUUGUCUCUAAAACUGAAGAUGGUGGUGUUUCAACUCAGAGAAACAUAUUCCACCAUCCUCAGUCUAUGGCAAUAAAUAAAGAUUCCAUUCUAUUUAAGUCUAAAGCCUUGCAGGAUUGAGAGGCCACUGGCCCAUCAAAAACUUGCUAUUUAAGUUGUGCAGCCUAAGUGUAUUCUGUCUAAUUUACAAAUGUCAUGUGCACUUUAUAGAAAUAAAUUGCUAUAAAAGACUUAUGUUUUCAAUGAGUCAAAUAAAUAUGACUGCAUAAAAUGAGGUUGAGCUCAUAAGGAGCUCAUGGUUUCUUUAAUUGGCUUGUUAUUGCUCCCUAAAUCAACUGCUGUGGGAACUUCAAGCCCUGAGUCUUUAUCAGUUAAUAAUUGCAAUUACAUUGAGGUUAUUAUUUUUACAGUCUGGAUGUGUGAGUUAUAUAGUAUGUGCAAAAUGUGCUAUAUGUGCAAAAUCUGCAGACAUACACAUGAGCAGGAUGAGUGCAUAUGGUGUAGGUAAAGGAAAUGGAAACCACAAGUAUGAGAAUGUACAGAAGAUGAGGGAAGAUUGCAAUGACAGAGUCAAAGUGUAUGUGUUCAACAGUGUGACUUUGAUGGCGGCUCUCAGGAUAAGCCGGAAUGAAAAUCUGGGUUGAGUUUGAGGCCAUCUGUGACAUACCUUGCUUGUGUUAAAGAUGGAUUGGCAAUAUUUGAGGAAUACUGCUUUAUUUGUGGCCCUAUUUCUGAUUUUCAUCCUCCAUGUGAGCACUGAUGCACAAGGUCAUGCCCCCCAAUGUCCUGUCUUCAAAGUUCAGAGGAGGACUGUUCAUAAAACUUGCAUAAACAAGCCUUUGCGGGUCUCCUGCAAUCUGCAGUAUUGUGAUGAUCCGGCAAUCAAUGUUACCUGGACUAAAGCUGACAACUCAGAUGAAUGGAUUUCAGUAACUGGAAUAGCUCAAAUGCAAACUUCACAGGAACAUUUACUUUCUGAUCUAAAGAUAUUGACUUCAUAUUUAACUUUCACCAAUAUAUCAAAGCAUCAUGAUGGCCUCUACAGAUGUGAACUUAAAUUACCAAAAUCCACAACAGUUAGCCAUUAUAUUAAUGUCUCUGUCUCAGAUGACAACAUUGGAGGUGGAUUGUUGUGUAGGCCCACUGAAAUGUCAACAGGAAGAGACAACACUGAUACCAUCUCUGAUCCAUAUCCAUGGUGGCUGCCUUAUUUAAUUAUCUGUUUGGGUAUUGUGAUUCUGGUCCUCAUUGUAAUGCUUGUCUCAAUCCUGUGUAUAUGUGGAUUUAAAUGUUCAAGAAAAAAGGGCACACAAAGGGCACAGGUUCAGUAUACAGUAACAUCCAUGUUGACGUCACCUAGCCCAAAUGCUCCGAAGCGUGGUGAAUUAGUCCAGCACUCAGAAGAAACACAUCGCCACUAUAGUGACCGCAGCACAUCUAAUGUUAUAUUUUCCCCUGACCACUCUACACUGCAUGUGUCAGAUGAUGGUGUUGAUACUUUGUCCAACAGGAGAGAUAAUACAUCAAGCCAUAUUUUAUAUGCAUCUCUGAAUCACCUCACACCUACACAAAGAUAUAAUGCUCCCUGUCAGUCAGGAGAGUUUUCAGAGUAUGCAUCAAUCCGGGUCUCCUGAUAUUCUCAUUGUUGAAAAGACCAGCAUAUGUUGUGUUUUGGAUGCUGGUACCAAGUAUGUGAUUUUGGUGUGCUGUGAUCUCCAUCAGGAUUCUUAACUCCUUGGUCAACCAGCUUCACCAGUAAGAUGCUAUCAGUAAAACCAUGCUGGUUGACUGGUAUUAUUUGCUGUUGAACAAUAUGACACCAACACUAAACCAGCACUUACCAGCAAAAACCAGUCUGGACUAUAAUGGACAAUAAUUUUUUUUUUUUAAGCAACGCUAUCAGGAUGUCUGGCAAAAGUCAAGCAAAAUUUGUGUCUCCAAUGUCUCCAAGAUUUAAUUGUGAUUUCUGAGACUGUAGCUGUGUGUUCCCUCAUGCUAUUCCAACUAACAGGAAGCAGAAGAUGUAUGCACCCUACCUACCUAUUUUUUCACAACCCAUCGUGCAAACAAACACCACAUUAUGUUACUUUCCUUGUUACAUCACGGAAAACUUUUGCUACGAGUUCAGUGUGGUUUCUCUAAGUGAAACUCCUACUGAAUACCACUAAUCACAUAAGUGGCUGAUGCAACACAUGCAAAUCCUGAAGACUCCUUAGAGGUUAGUUUAAGGACUAAAAUGAAAUAGUUACAGUUAAUAGUUAGAAACAAUAGUAAAAAAAAUAAAUAAAUAAAUAAAAUAA